GCCAGUACUACAGUACAACACGUCACGUCAGCAUCCUAGUCACCAACCCAACCGGUUCAUUUAAGCCACUUUUCGACACGUGUCAGUCACAAUUCCAUUCGUUAGGGUUAGAGUCAGCGCGAACGGGGUUUCAGCGUCUGGUCCGUUGGCUUUGCUUUUGUGCUCCCCCAAACUUUUUGGUGAAAAACAAAAACUAUUACCGAACAAUAAACAGAUUCGUUUUUCGUUAUUUAUUUUUAUUUUUAAUUAUAAAAACACACACAAAAAUAAAAGAAGAUCAAAUACGACUUCUCCAUUGGAAAAUUCGACGUUCUCUUUCUCUCUUAUUGUUGUUGUUACAGUGUUACUGUCACGAAUAAUUGGAAAUGGAAUCGAAUCAAAAACAAUGGAGCUUGCAAAACCCUAGCUUCCUUCCGCCGCCUUUAACCACAGUAUGAAACUUAUCUCAAGAACAAUUGAGUUUGCAACGGUUGAGGGGAAUUUGAAAUUGGAGAAGCUUUCAGCUGGAUUGUGGAUAGUUGAGGGAUAGUGUUUUGCGUGUGUUCACAAAUGGGUGAAGAUAGCCCACGCGUUGGAGGGUUUUCAGCUGGUUUGGCUGUCAUAUUGAGUGGUGAGGACAGUAAGAAAAAAUUGCCGAAAACUCGGCUUCUUUCUUGCUGUGAUGAUUUGGGUGAACAGUCUGUGGAGAGAACCCUUGAAUACGUGUUUGGUCUCCCCAAUAGAUCACUCAAUUCAUUGGACGGUCCAGUUGACAGCAGUUUUAUUCGUUCUGUCAUCAGGAAUGUUUUUUCAAGAUAUAAUGCAAAUUCGGGUGAUUCGAAUAGUGUAAAUGAUGAUAUGAUAUGUAGACCAGAUGUUGUAGGCUUAGAAGAAUCCAGCAUAUGCGGUGAUAUUAAAAUCAUCAAGCCACCUUUUGUUGUAGAGAGCUUGGCAAUGUUCAGUAGUGCCAGGGCUAAUACUUGUGUUUGGAAAGGAAAAUGGAUGUAUGAAGUUAUGUUAGAAACAUCUGGCAUUCAGCAACUUGGUUGGGCUACUCUUUCCUGCCCUUUCACUGACCAUAAAGGCGUUGGCGAUGCCGAGGAUUCAUAUGCCUAUGAUGGGAGACGUGUUAGCAAGUGGAACACGGAAGCUGAGACAUACGGUCAGUCAUGGGUUGUUGGUGAUGUCAUCGGGUGUUGCAUAGAUUUGGAACGAGAUGAAAUAAUAUUCUACAGGAAUGGCAUUUCGCUUGGGAUGGCAUUCCGAGGAAUUCGAAAAAUGGGUCCUGGUUUUGGUUAUCAUCCGGCAAUCUCUCUCUCCCAGGGUGAAAGAUGUGAAUUGAACUUUGGAGCUCGACCCUUCAAGUACCCAAUUGAAGGCUAUCUUCCUCUUCAGACUCCUUCCUCUAAGAGCUACUUUGUCACGCGAUUGCUACAGUGCUGGUCAAGAUUGUUAGGCAUGCAUUCAGUGGAACGAGCUGAGCAUUCUUUAGCUCAGAAAUUGAGAAGAGUAAAGAAGUUUGUUUCAUUGGAGGAAAUUUUUCGUCCUGUCUCUUAUUCUAUAUGUGAGGAAUUAUUCUCUGUACUUGAAGAAGAUGUUCGACACACAGAGUACAUAGUUUGGGGUCCAUUCUUGUCCUUCAUGUUUGAAGUUUUUGAAUUGCAUGCACCCCAUGACUAUUCAAGCUUGGAUAAAGUAGUUGAAGUACUGCUACAAUUUCAAGGAUCACAUGUGCUGUUUGAAAACCUCAUAAAUGCCCUUUCAUGCGGUUGUAAAAUGGCACCAUUAGUAUUAACUGAAUGUCCUUACUCUGGAUCAUAUUCUUACCUUGCACUGGCAUGUUAUCUACUGAGAAGAGAGGAACUUAUGCUGCUUUGGUGGAAAUCACCAUAUUUUGAAUUUUCGUUUGAAGGUUUUCUGUCGCAAAAAAUUCCAAAUAAGCAGGAUCUUGACUCCAUGAUACCCACUGUUUGGUGGCCUGGUUCAUGUGAAGAUGCAUGUUGUGAAGGUAACAUGAUGUUGGCAACAACAGCUUUGUCUGAGUCAAUGAGCAUGAUUGAGGAGAAGCAUCGGGACCUCUGUCGCUUAGUUAUACAAUUUAUACCCCCUACGACACCUCCCCAAUUACCUGGAGCAGUAUUUAGGACAUUUUUACAAAACCUUCGACUGAAGAACAGAGGGGCCGAAAGGAAUGUCCCACCACCUGGUGUUUCUAGCAAUUCCGUUCUUGUUUCAACUUAUACAGUUGUGCUCCAUUUUCUAUCUGAAGGAUUUGCCUUGGGUGAUAUCUGUGGCUGGUUAAAGAGCUGCAAAUCAGAUGUUGGUUUCCUUCACAGAGGUGGUCAACAAAGUUUUCCCAUACACUUGUUUCUAAAGGAUGAUCCUCAUAGAACUGAUAUUUCCAGGCUUGGGGGAUCCUAUACCCAUUUAUCAAAGCUACACUCUGCAAUUGCUCAUGAAAGGGACGUCGUUCAAUGGGACGAAGGUUGCAUGGAUAAUGAAGAAAUCAGAGUGACACAUUCAACCAGGCAGAAGCCCUGCUGUUGUUCUAGUUAUGAUUCUGAAUUUUCAAGAAACUUGAAGGUUCCAGCUAAAUACCUGGCCAAAGGGUCUCGGGGCCACUGUAGCUCCAUUCCAGAAAGACCUGCUCAUGUUGCAGCUGAAUGCAGUGAUGGGAGUUUGAAUGACGAGAUAACAGAUAAACCCAGUUCCAGUGAUCAAUCUGAACCCGAGUAUGGUUACCGCCAAGUGCACCAUAUGAAAUCUGUACCAAAGGAUAAUAAUUUGUCUACAGCUACACUACAAGAAGAAGAGCUGCUUGAUGCUUUGUUGUGGCUGUAUCAAGUUGGUCUUGCCCCAAAUUUUAAGCAGGCAUCGUACUAUAUGACUCAUCAGGCACAAUCGAUCUCCCUCUUGGAGGAAACUGAUAAGCAAAUAAGAGAACGAGCUUGUGGUGAAAAAUUGAAGCAUUUGAAAGAAGCUCGUAAUGAGUAUAGAGAAGAGGUUAUUGAUUGUGUUAGGCAUUGCGCUUGGUACCGUAUUUCUCUGUUAUCUCGAUGGAAGCAGCGAGGAAUGUAUGCAAUGUGCAUGUGGGUUGUCCAGUUGCUACUGGCUCUUAGCAAUAUGGAUUCAGUGUUUAUCUUCACCCCUGAAUAUUAUCUGGAAGCUUUGGUUGAUUGCUUUCAUGUGUUGCGGAAAAGUGAUCCUCCAUUUGUUCCGUCCACAAUUUUGAUCAAGCGUGGACUUGCUUCAUUUGUCACUUUUGUAGUUACUCAUUUCAAUGAUCCAAGGAUAUCAAGUGCAGAUCUUAGGGAUCUUCUUCUCCAGUCUAUAUCUGUCCUAGUGCAGUACAGGGAAUAUUUGGCAGUUUUUGAAAGCAAUGUAGCAGCCAACCAGAGGCUGCCAAAAGCUUUAUUAGCAGCAUUUGAUAACAGAUCUUGGAUCCCGGUGACAAACAUACUCCUGCGAUUAUGCAAGGGUUCUGGUUUUAGUUUUUCAAAAAAUGGGGAAUCAUCUUCAUCAUCAAUUCUUUUCCACCGAUUGCUGAAAGAAGCUUGCGUAAAUGAUGAAGGAUUGUUUUCAUCUUUUCUAAACCGUCUAUUUAAUACACUUAGCUGGACCAUGACAGAAUUUUCAGUUUCUGUUCGAGAAAUGCAAGAGAAGUACCAGGUAAUAGAGUUUCAACAAAGGAAAUGUGGUGUCAUAUUUGAUCUUUCAUGUAAUCUUGCAAGGAUUUUAGAGUUCUGCACUCAUGAGAUUCCUCAAGCAUUUCUGUCUGGACCAGAAACAAACCUAAGGAGGUUAACUGAGUUGGUUGUAUUUAUCUUGAAUCACAUUACUUCUUCAGCUGAUGCUGAAUUCUUUGAAUUGUCCCUUAGACGGCAUAACCAAUCUUCAGAGAAAGUAAAUCGAGGCAUGAUAUUGGCACCUCUUGUAGGGAUCAUCUUAAAUUUAUUGGAUGCUACUAAGUUGGAAGAAUACCAAGAGAACAAUGAUCUUGUGGAUGUUUUUCUAAGCAUGGACUGUCCAGAUACUGUUCUUUAUGGAUUCCAAUGUCUUGUGGAUUAUAACUGGGAUGGAUCUUGCCGGGGGGGAGUAUAUGUUGCAAAAUACAAGCAGCUAGAAAAUUUUGUGACCCUCCUCGCUUGCCGCACUAUGUCUGAACAUGAUGAAGUGGACAGUGUUGGAGAUACAGACUUUGAUGAUAGCUUGUGCUGCAUAUGUUACGCGUGUGAAGCUGAUGCCCGGAUUGCACCUUGUUCGCAUAGGUCUUGCUAUGGCUGUAUAACUAGGCAUCUUUUAAACUGCCAAAGAUGUUUCUUUUGCAAUGCUACAGUUACAGAUGUUAGCAGAAUUGAUGAGAAAACGGGAUAAGGAGCUUCUAUAUCGUGGUUUGCUUGGUUCCUGUUUGAGAAGAGUUGGUCACUAAAAGAUUUAUUAUUUGCCUAUCUAUGAACUUCAUAUUUGAGAAACGACAAGACAUGGAGAGGAAAGUAGAACAAGGGAAAAAGUAAUGAAAAAGAGAGGGAGGCUGGGAGAGAGGGUAGUGGGGUAGGUAUUAAUCUGUUCGAGGUGGUUAAGUUAUUCAUAUGGGCUAGGAAGGUGCCUUCGGUGAAUCAAGAAUUUUGUAGGCUAUGUAAUGUUAGAGGGUAUCAUGUUGUAAAUAUGCGAUGUAAAUGGCAAGCAAAAUCUUUAUAGUUUCUCUUUCAGCAAGACAACUUUGCACUUUUCGCUAGAGUGGCCAACAUCAAACUACGCAGUAGUACAAAUAUUAGAUGCAUGCAGGGGUUUGAUUUUUGGAUGUCUGGUACAUUUAUCAUCGAAAACAUUUGACUUGACAAAUGCGAUGUGAGCAAUAACAGUAUGUACUAAUUUAAGUUAGUAGGGGUAGCACAUUAAAAAUGAUAUGUAGUUGUAAUUGUUAAGAAAGAAUGCUUUCCAAGCCAGAAUAGGUGUAUGCAGUAGUAAGUUGUGGGUAUGACUGGCCUAGAAUUUGCUUAGUAACGCCUUUAAUACAAUGCAUUUUCAUUGAAUUCUGGGAAUGUUGUAGAUGCAGUAAGGCACAUUAUUCUUUUGUACUGAUAAUAAUAACAUUUAUUUUUUAUUUA